AUAAUCAAAUCAAUCUUCAUAGCUGACAUGAAAACGAAGGGAGUAUGAACUAUGAAGGCCGUAAUUUCUGCUGUGUUAAAAGAAAAGAAAAGGUUGCCUGUGAUUCGACUCAUCCAUUCGGCUGAUCGUGAAAAAGGAUAAGUUGUGAUCAUGGGCUUGAAAAUCUUGACUUUGUUAAGAAUCGUAGCGUUGUGAAUGUCCCAGGUACUAGGAAAGCCCAGCAGCGACAGUAUAGAUUUUUGAACGGCAAUGUCAUCACUUUUAACUUGCAGUCACGAUAUAUCUGUCGUCUACUAUGCAUCACAAGUUCCCACUUCCCAACAGUGAUCAUCUCUAAGACUGAAACACGCUGCCGGCGAGUGAGAGCGGAUGAAAAUAUUCUUUCUAUUGGCCGCCUUGCUUAAUUAGCCAGCCAGCAGUAAGUCGUGACUUACUUUAACUGACUGGCAGAAAUGGAGACAGCCUUCUACAGCUUCAAAAACCAUCUUCUCCUUCUCCUCCUCUUCUCAGUGUUUCUACUAAUCCUUACAAUCCAUCCAUUAGAAGCAGAAUCAGAAGAUGCAGCUAUCAUAUCAAGGUUCCAACAAUACCUUCAGAUCAACACUGCACAGCCCUCUCCUCAAUACCAACAAUCAGCUGACUUCCUUAUCUCCCAAGCCAAAUCCAUCGGCCUCGAGUUCCAAUCCAUCGAAUUUGCCCAGGACAAGCCUCUCGUCCUCCUCAAAUGGCCUGGUUCUGACCAAUCUCUCCCUUCAAUCCUUCUCAACUCACACACAGAUGUCGUCCCAGUAGAACAGCACAAGUGGGCCCACCAUCCUUUUGGAGCCCAUGUUGAUUCUGAUGGUAAUAUCUUCGCUAGAGGGUCUCAGGAUAUGAAGUGCGUUGGCAUGCAGUAUUUGGAAGCUAUUAGACGCUUGAAGUCUUCUGGAUUUCACCCCCUUCGUUCUGUUUACUUGUCUUUUGUCCCCGAUGAAGAAAUCGGUAGCCGUGAUGGUGCUAAGAAGUUCGCUGAGUCUGAUAUCUUUAACAGCAUGAACGUUGGGAUAGCCCUUGAUGAAGGGUUGGCAUCACCGAGUGAGAAUUACAGGACGUUUUAUGCGGAGAGGAAUCCGUGGUGGUUGGUGAUUAAGGCUACUGGGCCACCAGGACAUGGAGCUAAGUUAUAUGAUAAUAGUGCUAUGGAGAAUCUUUUGAAAAGUGUUGAGAGUAUAAGGAGGUUUAGAGCUUCUCAGUUUGAUUUGGUGAAGGCUGGUUUAAAAUCUGAAGGAGAGGUCUUUUCUGUCAACAUGGUCUUCCUCAAGGCUGGCACUCCUUCUCCUACUGGAUUUGUCAUGAAUUUGCAGCCAUCUGAAGCAGAAGCAGGUUUUGAUAUUCGAGUCCCACCAACUGCGGAUCCUGAAUCUCUGGAGAGACAAUUUGCUGAAGAGUGGGCACCUGUUUCACGCAAUAUGACAUUCCAGCUUGGGCAGUUUAAGGAGAAAGCUUCUAUACACGAUAAGUUUGGGAGGCCAAUGCUCACGAAGACUGACAGUUCUAACCCCUGGUGGAGCCUGCUUGAGGAAGCAGUCAGAAAAGCUAAUGGAAGACUCAGUAAGCCAGAGAUCUUUCCUGCAUCAACUGAUGCUCGCUACUUUCGGGAAUGAGGCCUGCCUGCAAUUGGCUUCUCUCCUAUGGCAAACACACCUGUACUUCUGCAUGAUCAUAAUGAGUUCCUGAACCAAGACGAGUACCUGAAAGGCAUCAAUAUCUAUGAGUCAAUAAUUAAAGCUUAUGCAUCUUAUGUUGAGGACAAAAGCACUGGAAGCUCCAGAGAUGAGUUGUGAGGAAGCAGCAUCACCACUCAUACCCCAUCCUUGAGACCAUAUAUGUUUUAUGAGUUUCUGGCGGUGAAACACAACAAUAUUUGAGAUUUGCAAAAGUGAUGCAUGUGUCAAUAAAUAGGUGGAUUGAUUAUGACUAUAAUAAGGCAAGAAUAGCGCUAUGCAUUAUCAGUUUUGAACCUGCUUAAAUGUUCAUAAUCUUGAAAAACGUACAUAAUUUCUUAGUAAUCAAUCAUGUAUCUUGAUCAAAGUAGUUGAAUGGCAGGUGGUUGAAAAGCGUUUUCCAGGAUUUAUAUCCAAGUUAUAUACCAGCACGUUAGAUGUCUAGGAUCAUCAAAGUGAUCGCACUCUUAUUUCAA